AGGGGCGGAACUUCCGUUCCCUCAGCCACGAGAGAGGAAGGGGCGGGGCCUCGCCGGCCUCCGGCAGUGGGCGGGGCUCCGUUGCCACAGUAACCGGAUGCUGGUGUUGGUGUGGCGUCUUCCCGUGGCCGCCUGACUUACCGGUUUCUCGGCGCUGAGCUCCUGAGGCUAUGAAUCAUAAUGAGAGAUUUGCCUUCAUCGCAGAGUGGUAUGAUCCAAAUGCUUCACUUCUCCGACGUUAUGAUCUUUUCUUUUACCCAGCGGAUGGGUCUGUUGAGAUGCAUGACCUAAAGAAUCGUCGUACUUUUUUAAAGCGGACUAAAUAUGAUGACCUACACAUGGAAGAUUUAUUUAUAGGCAACAAAGUGAAUGUGUUUUCUCGACAACUGGUGUUGGUAGACUAUGGGGACCAGUAUACAUCUCGCCAACUUGGCAGUAGAAAAGAAAAAACAUUAGCCCUGAUUAAACCUGAUGCAGUACCCAAGGCUGGAGAAAUAAUUGAAAUGAUAAACAAAGCUGGAUUUACUAUAACCAAACUCAAAAUGAUGAAACUUUCAAGGAAAGAAGGAAGCGAUUUUCAUGUAGACCACCACGGAAGGCCCUUGUAUAGUGAGCUGGUCCAGUUUAUUACAAGCGGGCCUGUGAUUGCCAUGGAAGUUUUAAGAGAUGAUGCUAUCUCUGAAUGGAAAAGACUCCUUGGGCCUGCCAACUCUGAGGUGGCACGUGCAGAUGCCCCAGGAAGCAUCCGAGCCCUCUAUGGAGCAGACGGCAUAAGAAAUGCGGCUCAUGGCCCCGAUUCUUUUGCUUCCGCUGCCAGAGAAAUGGAGUUAUUUUUUCCUUCAAGUGGAGGAUGCAGGCCCGCAAACACUGCUAAGUUUACCAAUUGUACCUGCUGUAUUGUUAAACCCCAUGCUAUCAGUGAAGGACUGUUGGGAAAGAUCUUGAUGAGUAUUCGUGAUGGAGGCUUUGAAGUUUCAGCUAUGCAGAUGUUCAAUAUGGAUCAGGUUAAUGUUGAAGAAUUCUAUGAAGUUUAUAAAGGAGUAGUAACUGAUUAUAAUGAGAUGGUGACAGAAAUGUAUUCUGGCCCUUGUGUGGCUCUGGAGAUUCAACAGAGUAACCCUGCCAAGACGUUUCGAGAGUUCUGCGGGCCUGCCGACCCUGAAAUUGCCCGGCAUUUGCGCCCUGACACCCUCAGAGCAAUCUUUGGUAAAACUAAGAUCCGGAAUGCUGUUCACUGUACGGAUCUGCCAGAGGACGGCCUGCUAGAGGUUCAAUAUUUCUUCAAGAUCUUGGAUAAUUAGCGGCGCAAAAAGCAAAGAAGUCACAGACCGGAGCACGUAGACAACAGCGGAUCACGCGCGUGAGGAGUGUGUUCAUUCUUUUAUUGUCCAUUGUUUCAACCUGACUGAUACAAGAUCAACAAGAGCACUGUACUCCUGGCAAUUAUUACAUAUGUUAGAACAUGGAUUUGCACUGUAGACAACAUUUAACACCAGUCUAUGGGGUACUGCAUUGCUUUUUAUAAAGUUCAAAAUAAAGAUUUAUUUUCAAACAAGUGACUUUGGUUUAUUUCAUACAUUACACUUUUUCUUGCAGAAAAAAAUAAAAUUGUACAACUGCAUAAAUAUAAAAUUCUUCCACCAUGAAAAUGGUUAAAACAUUCAUAAAGACACAGCACCAGCAUGUGAUGCCUCAGAGAAAGGAAGAAAGGAAAAGAAAAUGUACAAAGCAAAUUAAUUAUCCCGCCACUAGCCAAAGUGAUGGGAAAAUCCCAAUCUCAGACCUCGCUUCAGAGCACAGUGGAGGACACGCGAGCAGAUGUCAGCACAGCACUCGGUGCAGAGCGCGACACAGCCCAUCAGCUUUCUGUGCUUUUCUGUCGUGUCACUUACAAUGUUAAGGGCAGUUCCCCCAUGACAGCCCACCCCCUCCCCAGCCCCAGGAAAAAAGAAAAACAAAGACCUAACACCACAGGUAAAGACUACGGAGUGUGUUAAAAAUGCUCAUUGAUGGGCCAUUAUCUCUGAAAAAGUCAAACCAAAAA